AUGUGGCUGUACCUGGGGGUCCUGGUGGCUCUGUACCACCUUGUGCGCUGGUACCGGGAGAGGCAGGUGGUGAGCCAGCUGCGGGACAAGUACGUCUUCAUCACGGGCUGUGACUCGGGCUUCGGCAACCUGCUGGCCAGGCAGCUGGACCGGCGGGGCUUGAGGGUGCUGGCUGCGUGUCUGACCGAGACGGGGGCCGAGUCUCUGAAGGUCAAGACUUCCGACAGGCUGGAGACGGUGAUCCUGGAUGUCACCAAGUCAGAGAGCAUCGCUGCGGCCACCCAGUGGGUGAAGGAGCGCACGGGAGACAGAGGUCUCUGGGGUCUGGUAAACAACGCUGGCAUCGCAGGGCUCAUGACUCCCAACGAGUGGCUGACCAAACAGGACUUCAUGAAGACACUGGAUGUGAACCUACUGGGGGUGAUCGAGGUGACCCUGAGCCUGCUGCCCCUGCUGAGGAAGGCCAGAGGUCGAGUGGUCAAUGUCUCCAGUAUCUCUGGUCGUGUAUCUCAAGUUGGUGGUGGCUACUCCCUCUCCAAGUUUGGUCUGGAGGCCUUCUCUGACUCCCUCAGGAGGGAGCUCUCCUUCUUUGGGGUGAAGGUGGCUGUGAUUGUACCUGGUAUCUUCAAGACUGAAAUGAACAAUAUUGAGAAUCUUUCUCAGAAUUUCCAGGACGCAUGGGAUCAUGCUAGCCCAGAAGUCAAGGACAUCUAUGGGGAAAACUUCUUGGUGACCCUCAUUGAAAAUCUUCAGAAAUACAAGUCAACAUUGUGUGAGGAUCUGUCCCUGGUGACUGACUGCAUGGAGCAUGCCCUGAUAUCCUGUCACCCUCGCACCCGAUAUUCAGCUGGCUGGCAUGCCAAAUUCAUCUUAAUCCCCCUGAGCUACAUGCCCACAUUUCUGGCGGAUGCUUUCAUCAAAAGGAGUAUGUUGAGGCCUGCCAAGACCCUGUGA